CUCCCCAUAGACUCUUGUACAAUUUCAGCCGGUUCUGCUGUCUGUACACCAUCUAGACGUCUUGCUCUUUUUAUCCUAUUUUUCCAGCGGUCUGCCGUCUCAAUAUUGCUAUAGAACACUUUGGGUACCGGUGGGGUCUCGUUGGGUCGAAUACGUGGACACAGAUAGGAUUCAUCCGCCAGAAGAUUAGACCGCCGACCGAAUAUAGAGCUGUUGGAUUGCGGCCAAGAAGUCCGUACUUAGUCGAAGAACUGCUGGGUUAGAUCACAAGACGUUCGGAAAGCUGGCGACUCUCCAAAAUUAUCAGGACCUUCUGAAUCUCGGUGUACCUUCUGUCAUCAAGAUGGACGAACCAAACGGUCACCACCAGCACCAAUCAGAUGACGCCGACCGAACCAACAGGUUCCUUGCUCUUAACCACGACCAGUCUCCAUCAAUCAGCCUGAGAGAGAGGGCCGCUAGCCAGCCUCCGCGUACAGGGAAUCCCAACCUCUUCUCGUCCCUGUAUCGCCAGACGAGCUUCGGCGCCGGCAGUUCACCGUGGGGUAGCGGGAGCUCGCAGCAGCGCUUCUUGUCUGGCCUCAGCCCAGGCUCUCUCCCUGGUCUACCUUCAUCCGUCCCUACGAGGAGCUCUUCGUUCUCUACCUCUCCCAAUACGUCGACCCUGUCUAAUAUGAUGCGCGAGCAGUACCGCGGCGGCUUCCCGUCGACAUUCGAGGAUGAUGAAUCAGAAGCGUUGUCAGAUACGUAUGAUGAGCGUUUCAUUCCGCAGUCAAUACCGUCGAGGGGGCGCACGUAUGCCUCUGAUCUUGCACGCAGUAGGUCUCAGUCCUUGGCUACGACGCGACCGACGCCGAUCGGGAGUCCUUACGAACGUUCUGGUCUAGGCCCCAGCUGGGCGGAGUCCAACUACGCCUCCAGCGCGCAGAACAUCACUGGCUCUCGUUAUGGUGACCUCAGACCACCAGGCAGCAGCCGGUAUGGUUCUCUUGGGCCCUCGGGCAAAUCGUCGAGUCAUAUUCACUCUUUCUCGCCGACCGGCGGUGAUGUCGGCGACGGCUUUUCUAGCAGGCAGAGCACCGACAUCUCGAACAUGAGCCCGUUCAUGCGCGACGUUGAGCAGAUCCUCCUCGACGACGGGUCCGCGUUCCGCGAGCUCUGGGCGGGCAUGCACCCGCCGCGCGACGAGAACGGGCACGGCGGCAGCGGCACGACGAGUCGCAGACACAGCGUAAGUGUGGUGCAGCCGCGACGGGGGAUCGUGGGCUUCAACGCGCCGGGGCUCGAGGGCGCCGAGGAGAGCAGCCGGCCGGGCAUGAUGCAUUCGUCUUCCUUCUCGGGCGGAGGCCUGCUCUUGACGGACGACGAUCUUGUGGGAAGCCUCAACAUGCUAAACAUAAAUGACAGACCGGGUCCGUCGUCAUCGAGUUCUCAGCAUCCCCCCAGCCAGCCCUCCUCUCUGCCCAUAUACGCCCCGCUCUCGCGGCACCCGCCGCCGCAGGAUCGGAUGUCGCCUUAUCAACAGCUCAAUCUGAACAUCCCGUCGAACGGCGUGCAGUACGCGUCUCGGCAGAGUCUACGCUCGCCGAGCGACAAUGGGUAUUCCGCUAGCGGCACAAGCCCGGCUCGCAGCACCAUCCUCGAGCACGAAGCGCAGUACCAGAAUGCUGCGCGGCUGUCUCAGCUACAGCAGCAGGCCGAGAACUUGAUCUCCCCGUCGUUCAGUCGCCCCGCCUACACGUCGAGUGGGCUGCCCACGCCCAUCUCUCCCACCGGCACGCGUGGCUUGCAGCAUGGCCAGCAGCAGGCGUUCUACACCGGAUCGCCGACAGUUCAUCGAAGGGCUUCGAAUGCGGAGCUGCCCAGCGUCAGUGAGCUUGGAAAAGGCGUCCCGCUAUCCUCGGUGCCGCCGUCAUGCCCGUUAUACAUCGUCGAGUUCAAAGCGGGCCGGACGGAUCUGUUCUACUGCACCGAUCUGUCUCUUGACAUCCGAGUCGGGGAUCUGGUCAUCGUUGAGGCGGACCGCGGGAAGGACCUCGGCAAGGUGGUGAACGACAGCAUCACGCUCGCCGAGGUGGAGGCGUUCCAGAAGCAGCAGCAGGCGAAGAACGCCGGUGGGUACGGUGACAGCUCGCCGACGACGCCUGGGGGCCCGCACCCCGGUGGGAAGAAGGACAUCAAUCCGAAGCGGAUAUAUGGAAAAGCAGGGCCCCAGGAUACGCAGUUGUUGGUGACGAAGAUGCAGGAUGAGGUGAAGGCGCUACAGUUGUGCCAGAGUAAGGUGCGGCAAAAGAAGCUUCCGAUGGAAGUCAUCGAUGCAGAGUACCAGUGGGAUCGACGCAAGUUGACGUUUUAUUUUAUUGCGGAGAAGCGGAUCGACUUCCGUGAGUUGGUCCGUGAGCUGUUCCGGCUAUACAAAACGAGAAUAUGGAUGGCAUCGUUGGGUGGUCCCGGCGGCUACGACCAACAGUAGGCUCUAGACGCGGUUCCAGGACGUCCCCCCGUCCUCCUUGUAUGACCAGCACGAUCUCCAAGAAAUCCCAAGAAGCUUUGUCCACUAUCUACUGUCUACAGGUUCACUCAUACAGUUAGAUACCAAUCUUGUUAUACUUCCUACAGGCGCUGCAGCACAUCUUCCGUCCGGUUCGUAUUGUGUACUUCUAGUCAUCUUUACUGUUUGUCGUUGCGGGGAACUAUGUUUGACGUCUGUUAGGACAUUCACCCUUUUGAUAUAUCCUGAUCUGCUCUAAUGCAU